GGUGAGCCUUUUUGGUUUGAAUUCACGGGAGAAAUGGUUUGUCACGAGAAAGUGUGUUGAAGCCUAGAGGGUAAAGCUUAAAUUUCUCAACUUCUUUUGAGAGAUUGCAAAUUUUGUGUUCAUCCUCUAAGUUUUUCAAUUAGGUAGCUGUUCUUCAUCAUUUAAGAAAUUGUUCAAACUUCUCCUACUAGAGAAGGGAAAAGGGGAGAAAACAGAGUGAGUGAGUGAGUGAGUGAGAGAGAGAGAGAGAGAGAGAGAGAGAGAGAGAGAGAGAGAGAGAGAGAGAGAGAGAGAUUUCUAUUUGUUUUCCCUUUAUUAAUUUCCUCGUUGUGUUUUUGAAAUGGAUCAUUCUGGGGAAGCCAGUAACCAGAAACCAGCAGUUGAAGUUGCCAAAGACAAGAAUGGGGUAGAACAAGUGCUGCUUCGGAACUCUCGAGGAGCUUCAGCAAGGGUUAGCUUGCAUGGAGGCCAAGUUCUGUCUUGGAAAACUGAAAAAGGUGAAGAAUUAUUGUUUACCAGUUCUAAGGCAAUUUUUAAGCCACCAAAAGCUGUGAGAGGAGGAAUUCCAAUUUGUUUUCCGCAGUUUGGGGCUCGUGGAAACCUUGAGGAGCACGGGUUUGCUCGUAACAAGAUUUGGAAAAUCGAUGAUAAUCCUCCUCCUCUUAACCGAGGUGAAAUCAAGGACAAAUCCUGCAUCGAUUUGCUUCUUAAACCUUCUGAAGAUGAUCUGAAAAUAUGGCCACAUAGUUUUGAAUUCAGACUGAAGGUCUGUUUGGCAGCAGAUGGGAAUCUCAUAUUAAUAUCACGAAUUCGGAAUAUCAAUUGCAAGCCUUUCAGUUUCUCAAUUGCAUUCCACACAUAUUUCUCCAUUUCUGAUAUCAGUGAAGUAAGAGUUGAGGGGCUUGAGGUUCUCGACUAUCUCGACAACUUACAUGAUAAACAACGUUUCACUGAGCAAGGAGAUGCCUUAACAUUUGAAUCAGAGAUUGAUCGAGUUUAUCUUAGUUCUUCAGAUCUCAUCGCGGUGCUUGAUCAUGAGCGAAAGCGCACUUUUGUUGUGAGAAAGGAAGGACUUCCAGAUGUUGUGGUGUGGAAUCCAUGGGAGAAGAAAGCAAAAUCGAUUGUUGAUCUGGGGGAUGAAGAUUACAAACAGAUGCUUUGUGUUGAUGGAGCUGCAAUUGAGAAACCUAUUACCUUGAAACCAGGUGAGGAAUGGACUGGCCGCUUAGAACUAUCCGUCAUCCCCUCAAGUUAAUGACAUGUAUGUUCCUCUAAAGAAGAAGGAUCGAACAUGGUCGGGAUUCAGAUAAAGCCAUUGAAGUUUAUAAAUGGGGUAUAUGGUAAGUAUUUUUGUGUUUUGUUCUAACCAAAUUGUUGUCAAGAGUAAAUAACUGAGAACAAUCAAGCUAGUUUGAUUUGAUGUUGAUAAUAGAUUCUCCUUUAAUGGAAGUGGAGAUGUUCUUUUAUUUCCCUCCCUUCAGCUAUAUAUUUUCAUUGUAUAUCAAUUCUUUAUAUCAAAUAUCAACUUGUUACUGUUA